AUGGUUACAAUUACUCAACAUGAGCAUCCACUCCGGCUCAUAGAUUUGCAACCAAAUUUUCCACAUUAUGAAGAAGAUUAUGAUGAUGACAGCAAUGAUGAUGACGACGACGAUUUAAGUACACAGAAAGCAUUUCCAUGUUUCCAAUGUGAUCGGUGUGACAAAGAGAUCAAUUGGUUUCAUAGAUAUUACUAUAAGUGUAAAACUCAUUCAUGUGACUAUUCACUCCAUAAGUUUUGUGGAGACCUUCCUCUAACAUUAAAACACACAUCACACCCUGAUCAUACUCUUACCCUCUCAUAUGAUCUCGUUACCACGUGCUAUUGUGUUUUAUGUCGAAGAUAUGAUAGAUCUGGAUUCUGUUUCAAGUGUUCCAAGUGUAAUUUCCAAAUUCAUGCUAAUUGUGUUAUAGCAUCAACUGAAAAUCCAUUCAUUUACCACCCUAGCCAUGGGCACCCUUUAGCAGCUAUACUUAAACCAAUCUCGUCCAACUGUAAUGCUUGUGGAAAAACACAUAACGGAACUUUUUAUCUGUGUGUCACCUGUUACGACUUUUGCAUUCAUAGUGACUGUGUGUUCCUACCAAAAACAUUAAAAAUUCAAGAUACUACAAAAAAUAUUUUCUUUCAUAAUCAUCCCCUCAUUCUUUCUUAUUCCUUCCCAGAUCAAGAAGCUAACUUUUACCCUAGGUGCAGGGUGUGUAACAAGUAUUUCACUAAUGAGAACCUAUGGAUUUUUAAAUGCGAGAAAUGCAGGUAUUAUACUCAUCUGGAUUGCACAACAUCAAAAGAAGAGUCAUUCAUGCCUUUCAUCUCAUCUUUCGGCAAGAAUCUCAUCAAAGAUUAUGAAAAUUCCAGUUAUCCAGAUCUCAUUCAUCUCCCCUUUCCCGAUGAAAGUUAUAGCAUACUAAAACACCUAUUUUUCAAAAACAAAAGAAGCUAUGGAACGUCGUUAACAACAAGUGAGAGUAACUUACGCAAUUUCCAUCAACACUCCCUUACUCUAGUCCAUACAUCAGAGUGCAAUGAUAUCUCAAAGCCAUCCUCCUCAAGAACCAAUAAUGUUGUAUCUUGUCAUAACCCAAUGACGAAGAUUGAACUAUUAUGCAAUGGAUGUGUCAGGCCGAUCACAAGUAUGCCAUUUUACAAGUGUGCCAAUGAAGACGAGAACUGCAACUUUGUUCUUCAUGAGUGGUGCACUCGAGUUCCUAUGGAAUUGAAAGAUUAUCCGGAUCACCCACAACAUCCACUCAAAUUCCAUCCAAACGUCCCUGAUAAGCGUUUCUCCAUUUUCUAUUGUCGUGUUUGUGACUUGUGGGGUAAUGGAUUUGCCUAUAGCUGUGUACAAUGCGACUAUCAUAUCGACGUUAAAUGUGGUUUCAUUCCAGAAAAAAUAACUCACCAAGCUCAUCCGAAUCAUGUCCUCUCAAGGGUUCAGGAAAAAGUUCACUACCACCCAAACAAAUGUCGCCUAUGUUUGGAAGGAAGUUAUUGGGAUCCAUUUUCAUUCCUUUGUCACACUUGUAACGUAUUUAUACACGUUAAUUGUGCUCUUUUAUUGCCACGUGAAAUCAGGCACAAGUGUGACAAGCACCCCCUAAGCUUGAGUUACUUCCCGGUUGAAAAUCAUAAGGGUGAAUACUAUUGUGAAGUUUGUGAGGAGGAAUUCGAUCCUCAACGAUGUUUCCACCAUUGUUAUGAGUGCGUACAAUCAAUUCAUUCAACUUGUGCACCGCUAAUAAUUGAGUUUGAAAGAGUUGAACAUCGAUACCGUUAUAGAGGCAUUUAUCAGUUAGUUAAUAUAAAUGUAAUAACCGUCACCCGAGCGACCGUCUGACUAUACUUUUCCGUUCGAAUAAGGUCAGUUUCCGUCAAACCUAAGUCUAAAGA